UAUAACUCAUGAAUUGUUUGUUCGGAAGGUAGUUCAACAUCUUGAGCUGCGACUUUUAGAGUACCCCUAUUGUCACUAUCGAUACAGCUUGUGACUACGGCUGCCAGCCAGCAAAAGCUCAACAUUUAACCAUAUAAGCCUUAUACGGAUCCGUCUCCCAAACAUCGACCAAGGGAGCUUACGAAGCAACCCUACAGCCCCUCACAGCAGGCCGUGGACUAAGCAGAAGCGAAAGAAAUAUAUACAUAACCUUUACAGCAGUCUCUAAUCUUCGUUCGGUAUCGUCGGUUAAUAAUAUUCUACCACUGUCUUAUGCGUAGAGUGUGGUGAUCGGUAAUAAGAAUUAAAACUACCAAGAGCUGCAAUCAAUGAUAUACAUAUGUAAAUUGGCUUGGUUACAAAGUAUCGAUAGGUCGCUAUAGGAGCCAAUCGUUGUAUUCAAGCGCUGCCAACUUCACCUGCGAGAGACAAGACAAGCUGUGCGCGACGCCUUCAUUGCGGACAUGGCCAGUCUCCACAUGAGCUCGGACGUAGAGUUCCUGGUGGAGGGUCAGCGCUUGCCGGGCCACCGCCAAGUUCUGGCGAAGCGCAGCGAGUACUUUCGCGCCCUUCUCUGUGGCAGCAUGCUUGAGUCGAGGCAACGAGAAGUUCGGCUUGAGGUGCCGCUUGAGCCUUUCAAGGUAAUCCUCGAGUACCUUUACACGGGCAAGCUACCUUUUUCCUCACUAGACGUGGAUAUGUUAAUCGAUGUACGCGAUUUGGCACAUUUUUACUGCUUGGUCUACGUAGAGACCCUUAUAACCGGAUACCUCCAGCAGAAGAUGUCCGUCAGCAACGUGUGCGCGAUCCUAAAUGCGGCCAAGCGCUGCGAUCGGAAGCAGAGCAUCGAAGAAUGCCAGACGUUCAUGGAUCAAAAUGCGUACGACGUACUCAAACAUGACUCCUUCCAAAUGCUCACCAGGCAAUCCCUUGAGGAAUUCCUGCGACGUGACUUUUGGUAUGUCCCCGAAGUAGACAUCUUUCGAGCAGUAUCGAAAUGGAGCGACAAAAAUCCCAGCGAGGACAUCAAGACAGUGGUCUCGCUCGUACGUCUCCCCCUCAUGAGUAUCGAUGAUCUGCUGCAUGUGGUGCGUCCUUCUGGCAUAAUCGAGUCGGACAAAUUGCUCGACGCCAUUGAUCAAGUGAACACCGGAACGAAUCUGCCCCACCGGACCGUCGCAUUGCCAUGUGAGGAUGUGGCAUCCGAAAAGCACCAUGCGCUCCGUUUUACGGACAACCCGAAUGAGCUAGUCAUCCAGCUGCGCGCGGUGUUUCUAAUAAACCAGAUAAGUAUUUGGAACUACAACUGCAGCCAUUCAGAAAUCCGCUUGGAGGUCUCAUGCGACCAGACUCACUGGGAUCAUGUGAAUAUGAUCAGCGCCGUCUGCCAUAUUUUGAGAGUUGGCAUUACGAAGCGUGCCGUUCGGUACAUUCGGGUUAAAAGUUGUACAAGGUUGAAUCUCGGUGUGAUGGCCAGGUUGAUCAGAGCCCCUGAAUGCAGUUCACUUCUGACAACUCUUCAAAUAUAGUUUCCAAUGUUUAAAGAACAACAAUUUGGGCACCAGCUAAUAGGUGUAUAUGCUGAUACGAAUAAAAUCCACUUAAUU